AUGGUUCACGAGUUUCCCGGACGUUUCAGCGGCAAGAUUGUUGCCAUUACUGGUGCUGCCUCUGGUAUGGGCGCGGCAAUGACGAAGCGCUACAUCGCUGAAGGUGCAAAAGUACUUGUCGCCGAUAUGUGCGACGAGAAGAAGGGCAAGGCAUUCAUCUCUCAGUUUCCCGAGGGAACCGCCUACUUCUACCGCGUCGACAUCUCUACUCCUGAAGCUGCGGCGAGUGUGGUGACGGAGACGAUCAAGCAGUUUGGCGAUCUUCAUAUUGUGCACAACAACGCAGCGGCCGUGGCGUGGGGAAAGAUCCCGGAUAUGGACCCCAAGGCGUGGCACCGCGUGUUCCAGGUCUGCGUCGACGCGCCGUUCUACAUCAUGCGCGAGGCGAUCCCGUACAUGCAGAAGAAGAAGUACGGCGUGAUCGUCAACACCGUUUCCUCUGCGGGACUUAUUGGCGAUCUCGGACUUGGCUGCUACUGCGCAGCAAAGGCGGCGCUGGCCAACUUGACGCGCGCAAUGGGCGCCGACCACGCGCAGGAGGGAAUUCGCAUCAAUGCGGUUGCUCCGGGCUGGACCAGAACCGCCAUGACGGAGGCUCUCAGUGCCACGCCUGAGGUGCACGAGCUUGUCGCUAGCACUACGCCGAUGCACCGCCCUGGCGAGCCCGAGGAGCUGGCUGCGGUAAUGAUGUUUCUGGCUUCGGAUGACGCCUCCGAUGUGACUGGAGCAGUUUGGAACGUGGACGGCGGAUUGCUGGCCGUCAGCAGAAUGCAGUCGCUCGACAAGAUCCACGACGCCGGCAACCACGGAAAAGAAAAUCUUUACUAA